AUGCCAUUGGGCACCGGAGCUCCCCAUGGGGACAUGGACAUCCCCCUCGAGCAGGUCCGCAGCAAUGCCAGCUCGACAGGCGCUCGCAAGCAGAACCAAGGCAUCAGUACCGGUCUGUCCUCCACAGAUACCAAUGCCGAGAAGCGCCACUUCUUCCACCGAGGGCGCAGGCAGGCCAAAGUUGUUGGUGACGGCACUCAGACCGACAGGCUUGCCUCCCGCGAGGUCAAUGUCAACUUCAUGGGCAGAAUGUACAAGAAGGUCAUCGGCUUCUCCGUCGUCACCCGCUACCUCGUCUACAUCGUCCCCGUCACCAUCUUACUGGCUGUCCCACUCAUCGUUCUCGCCAUCAUCCAGCCUCUGAACGGCCCAGAAGAGAGCUUCACUCAUGUCGGAACCAUCCCUCGGGGGAAAGAUCCUGACGGCAACGCUCUACCCGAUCUCCAAGGGCCCCGACUGUUCUUCCUCUUUCUGUGGAUUCUCUGUUCGUGGCUCGCAAUCUGGGUCGGAAAGCUUGUAGCACACCUCCUGGCGCCAAUCUUCAUGUUCUUCUGCGGCGUCGUCAGUGCCGGAACUCGCAAGUAUGCCACUGUCAUUCGGGCGCUGGAGCUAUACCUGUCAUUCUUCUUUGCGGCAUUGGCUUCAUGGCUCAUAUUCCAAAACGUCUUCAAAGACUUCGAUGACUUCCAGUGGGUCUGGGUGCUUAAGCGACUUCUGGGUGCCAUCUUCGUCUCGACUGCCGUCCUCCUGGGUGAGAAGGCCAUCGUCCAAUUGAUUGGAAUUAGCUACCACCAGCGCUCCUUUGCGAACCGCAUCACCGACUCAAAACGUGAAGUAUUUCUCCUCGGUAUCAUGUUCGAUGCGUCACGCCAGCUUUUCCCCAUGUACGGCGAAGCUUUUGCUGAAGAGGAUUACAUCAUCAGCGACAGUAUUGAAGCAAGGCUGAAUGGAGGCAAGAAGAGGAACAGCAAAGGCGGCACCCAGACUCCCAUGGCCCUCCUCGCCAAGGCUGGAGGCAACGUCGGCCGUCUCGGUGACAAAGUGACUUCGAUCUUUGGACACGUCGCUUCUGAAAUCACCGGCAAGCAAGUCUUCAACCCAAACUCGGCUCACUCCAUUGUCGUUGAAGCACUUGAGAAGGCCAAGACCUCGGAGGCCCUUGCCAAGCGCAUCUGGAUGUCGUUUGUGGUCGAGGGCAACGACAACUUGUAUGCCGAGGACAUCCAAGAAGUUCUUGGACCGGCAUACCGCGAGGAGGCGGAUGAGUGUUUCAAUGCGAUUGAUGCCGACGGGAAUGGCGACAUCAGCUUGGACGAGAUGAUCCGAAAGGUUGUGGAGAUUGGCAAGGAGCGUAAGGCCAUUGCACACAGCAUGAAGGACAUCGGUCAGGCCUUGGGCGUGUUUGACGGCGUCUUGCUGUUCGUCGUGCUUCUCAUCUGCGUUUUCGUCUUUCUCUCCUUCUUCCAGAGUUCCUUCUUGACCACCGUUGCUACGGCAGGAACUGCCUUGCUGUCACUUUCAUUCGUGUUCGCAGUCACGACACAAGAGUUCCUCGGCUCCUGCAUUUUCCUGUUCGUCAAGCACCCAUAUGAUGUUGGCGACCGUGUCGACAUUGUCGGACCCGAGAAGGAGCAGUUGACUGUCGAGAGAAUCUCGCUGCUCUACACCGUCUUCAAUCGUAUCGACAAGAUGCAAGUCGUGCAGGUGCCCAACAUUGUCCUCAACAACCUCUGGAUCGAGAACGUCACCAGGAGCAAGGCCAUGAAGGAGGUCAUCGACGUCAACGUCUCUUAUGACACCACAUUUGAGGACAUUGAGCUUCUGCGCCUCGAGAUGGAGAAAUUCGUACGCAGCUCGGACAACUCACGCGACUUCCAGCCAGAUAUCGUUGUUAGCUGUGCUGGCAUGGGUGACCUGGACAAGCUGAACCUCAAGAUUGCGAUCAAGCACAAGUCUAAUUGGCAUAACGAGGCCGUACGUGCAAGUCGCAGGGCCAAAUUCAUGACCGCGCUGGUUCUGGCGCUGAAGCGGGUUCCCAUCUAUGCUCCCGGCGGUGGUGGCGAAGCUCUGGGCGGACCUACGAACCCUUCGUAUUCGGUCACUGUCUCGGAUUCUGAUGCGGCACGAGCCCGUGACAAGGCUGCUCAGGACAAGGAAGCCCUCCGUCUAGUUCCCACACACCCUGCCACUGCGGAGGAUGAGACACGCGCGGCCGAGGCGUUGAACGCCAGAGACCCCGUGACCACGGCUGGUGAAGACUGGGGUUUCAACCGCGAUGAUCGCACACUUCACGAGGUCCGCGAAGAGUCGACCGAGAGACGCUCGCACGAUGUUGAGCACAUGCGUCUGGAGCUGCAAAAGACCACGAGCACUCGCAGUGGACGACGCAAGGCCGGUGACACACUGCCUUCGCCGCAGCUGAGCAGCGCGACCCCGAAUCUAUCCAUCACUCAACACAUGGCCCCCUUUGACGAGGAGGCUCAGAUGGGAGGAUAUAAUCCUUACACACAGAACUCUAAUAGCCCUCCUCCUCCUAACCCCUACGGGGUCGCUCCCGGUACACAGCCUGGAUACACACUUGGCCAGACUGGAACUGGCCCAAGUGUGAACCAGGCGUACCAAGGAGCGCCCGGCCCAAGCAACCGUCCUGGUGGCUUUGCGCGACCUGAUCAGUCGCAGCCCCGGUAG